UUCAUACAAACACCCUUUUAUCAUUGGUCCAUUACAUAUAAUAAGUGCGUCUGAAAACCCUAAUUUUCUCACUCAUCUUCUCGCCGUCCCUUUUUCUCUCUCUUACGACAUUCAACAAUGCAGAACAAGGUUCGAUGGGGAGAACUCGACGAGGACGAUGGAGAAGAUUUGGAUUUUUUGUUACCUCCAAAGCAAGUUAUUGGUCCGGAUGAUAACGGCGUCAAAAAAGUUAUUGAGUAUAAAUUCAAUGAUGAUGGUAACAAGGUUAAAAUCACUACCACAACUAGGGUUCGUAAACUUGCCAAAGCUCAUCUUAGUAAGAAGGCUAUGGAGCGUAGAUCUUGGCCUAAAUUUGGUGAUGCUGUUCGUGAAGAUGUUGGUGCUCGUCUAACUAUGGUUUCUACUGAAGAGAUCGUUCUUGAACGCCCUAGACCUCCUGGGACCAAACAAGAAGAUUCUAAAGCUGCUACCGAUAACCCAUUUGGCAGCAAAGGUGCUGUCCUCAUGGUAUGCAGAACUUGUGGUAAGAAGGGUGACCACUGGACUUCAAGAUGCCCCUACAAGGACCUUGCUCAACCUGGCGAAGCCUUGGUUGAUAAGCCUCCCAUGGAUGGGCCAGCUGCUGCUGCUACUGCCACUAAGGGAGCAUAUGUUCCUCCAAGUCUGAGAGCAGGUGCUGAGAGAAAUGUGACUGACAUGAGGCGCCGAAACGAAGAGAACUCUGUUCGUGUCACCAACCUCUCAGAGGAUACCCGGGAGGCUGAUCUCCACGAUCUCUUCAGAACUUUUGGCCAGAUCACCCGAGUUUAUGUUGCAAUUGACCAGAAGACUGGAUUGAGCAGGGGUUUUGGGUUUGUUAACUUCGCAAACAGAGAAGAUGCAGAGCGGGCCAUCAACAAACUCAAUGGGUAUGGUUAUGAUAAUCUCAUCCUUAGAGUUGAAUGGGCCACACCAAGAUCCAACUAGAAUGAUGAUUUCCUUUGCGUUAUGUAGUAUUAACUUAAGAAAUUAAAGUUUUGAUAUUUCCUCUCGCACUAUUCUAAGAGAGGCAGAUAAAUUUAUAUGCUAUGUAUUAUUUUCAACAUAACUUCUGUUACUGUUUUUGUUAGAUUUAAUGGAGUCUGAAUUUGAUCCAA